AUGGUGUUGGUCUCCCUUCCGACAGAUGCCGCCUCGAUGAAUGCAACAGCAGUGGCGGAGGCGCUUCAGGUUAACCCGAAGCGUGGCCUCUCUACUGCAGAGGUGGAGGAGCGCCGUCAGCAGUUUGGCAGCAAUGAGCUCCCCGCAGAGCCGCCGACGCCCUUCUGGAAGUUGGUUCUUGCCCAAUUCGAGGACACCCUUGUGCGCAUCCUUCUCCUUGCAGCCAUGACGAGUUUCGUCAUGGCGGUCAUUGAGAAGAACGCCACGGAUUUCGUGGAGCCGUUUAUCAUUCUCCUUAUCCUUGUGCUGAAUGCGACGGUUGGGGUCUGGCAAGAGAACCGUGCGGAGGGCGCCAUUGAGGCACUCAAGUCCUUUGUGCCCAAAACGGCGGUUGUGGUGCGCGGCGGCAAGACAAUGACGGUGCAGGCAGAGGAGCUCGUGCCAGGCGACGUGGUGGAGGUGGCGGUAGGCAACCGCGUCGCGGCGGACAUGAGGGUGCUGGAGGUGCACAGCACAACGCUGCGCGUCGACCAGGCGAUUCUCAACGGGGAGUCUGUCGAGGCGAUCAAGCAGGUGGAGGCAGUGAAAGGACGCAGCGAGCGGUUCCCAGCUAGCAUGGUGUACAGCGGCACGGCAAUUGUGUACGGCAGGGCACUCUGCGUCGUUGUGAGCACCGGAACCUCCACCGAGAUCGGCACCAUCGAGCGGGAUGUGCGGGAGCAGGAGGAGGUCAAGACGCCGCUGCAGAUCAAGCUGGAUGAGUUUGGUGUGCUGCUCUCCAAGGUGAUUGGCUACAUUUGUCUUGCGGUGUUUGCGAUCAACAUGCUCCGCUGGUUCGCCACGCACACACCUGCGCCUGAAGAGGCGUGGUAUGAGCGCUACAUUCAGCCAACGGUGCAUUGUCUAAAGGUUGCUGUUGCCCUUGCUGUAGCGGCGAUUCCGGAGGGGCUUCCUGCUGUCGUCACUACGUGCCUCGCACUCGGCACACGGCGCAUGGCACGGCACAACGCACUUGUGCGGGAUCUCCCCAGCGUGGAGACGCUUGGUCGCUGCACCGUUAUUUGCUCCGACAAGACAGGCACGCUUACUACAAACAUGAUGUCUGUCCUGGAAGUGUUCACACUCUGGAGCGAUGGGGAGGUGAAGGAGUACACGUUGAAGGAUUCAAAGUUCAAUAUUCAGCGAGAUGCUGUGACGUGCGGUGGCAAGAUCACCACGUCCGCAUUGGAGUCGGACGGCGCGCUCAGCAUGUUGGCGAACAUUGCUGUUCUUUGCAAUGACGCAUCGCUGGAGUACAACGCAGUGAAGAACCGUGUGGAGAAGGUUGGCGAGUCAACAGAGGCGGCGUUGCUGGUGAUGAGUGAGAAGCUCGCACAACCGUCAGACUGUACCCGGGUUCGCGCGUUCCGCACACUGGCGGAGCAGAAGUGGAGAAAGAACACCACCCUGGAGUUCACACGGGAACGCAAGUCGAUGAGUGUGCACGCCACCUCCGGGACGGUGUCUGACUUGCACAGUCUGUUUGUGAAGGGGGCGCCAGAGGAGGUGCUGCGCCGCUCGACGCAAGUGAUGCGGGAAGACGGCGUUGUUGUGCCCCUCACCGCGGCGCUUCGCUCACGCAUCAUCUCAAAGCUCGACGCCAUGUCAUCCAGCGAAGAGGCCCUGCGUUGCAUCGGAUUCGCCUUCAAGCCGAUACGCCCCAUGAAGGAGCUGAAACUCAACGAUCCGGCGGGCUUUGAUAAGAUUGAGUCUGACCUCACAUUUGUCGGGGCAUGUGGCAUGCUCGAUCCCCCACGCGAGGAGGUGCGGGAGGCCAUCGCCAAGUGCCACACUGCAGGCGUCCGCGUUGUUGUUAUCACUGGAGACCGCAAGGAGACGGCAGAGGCCAUCUGCGGCAAACUUGGGCUGAUGCCCUCUACCCACGCAACCGAAGGCUUGAGCUAUACUGGGCAAGAGUUUGACGCCAUGAGUCUUGCAGAGAAACGGCAGGCUGUGAUGAGGGCAGUGCUCUUUAGCCGUACUGAUCCUUCGCACAAGAUGCAGUUAGUGAAGCUGCUGCAGGAGCAGCGACUUAUCUGUGCCAUGACUGGUGAUGGCGUGAAUGACGCCCCGGCUCUCAAGAAGGCAGACAUUGGCAUUGCCAUGGGAAGCGGUACAGAAGUGGCCAAGGCGGCUAGCAAGAUGGUACUGGCUGAUGACAACUUUGCCACUGUUGUGAAGGCAGUGCGGGAGGGCCGCUCCAUCUUCAACAACACAAAGCAGUUCAUUCGCUACCUCAUUAGCAGCAACAUUGGCGAGGUUGCGUGCAUCCUCGUAACGGGUAUCUUCGGGCUGCCGGAGGCGCUCUCGCCAGUGCAGCUGCUGUGGGUGAAUCUCGUCACGGACGGCCUCCCUGCGACGGCGCUCGGUUUCAACGCCCCAGACCCUGAUAUUAUGGAGCAGCAGCCGCGCCGCCUCGACGAGCCCAUUGUGAAUGGCUGGUUGUUCCUGCGCUACAUGGUGGUUGGCACAUACGUGGGGCUUGCCACAGUGGGCGGGUUCAUCUGGUGGUUCCUCAGCCACGGCUUCACAUGGCGCGACCUGACCACGUACGCGGCGUGCACGGACAUGCAGAACCCCACCUGCGCCAUCCUCGCUGACCCAGAGACGGCGCGGGCGAUUGCGCUUUCCAUCCUCGUCGUGGUGGAGAUGCUGAACGCCCUCAACGCGCUGAGCGAGAACGCCUCUCUCAUCAUAACGCGGCCGUCGAGCAAUAUCUGGCUGCUCCUCGCCAUAUUUUCUUCACUUGCACUGCACCUUGUGAUCAUGUACGUUCCAUUCCUUGCGUCCCUGUUUAACAUUGCUCCGCUGGGGGUUGACCCGCAGGUGGUGAAGCACGCCCAGCCGUGGAGCAUUCUUGUGCCGACGAACUUCGAGGACUGGAAGGCUGUGCUCGUCUUCAGUCUGCCUGUUAUCUUCAUUGACGAGCUGCUGAAGCUUAUUACACGGCGCAUGCAGGCACGCCACGCCAAGAAGAAUGACUAG